AUGUGUUGGAAGCAGAAUGAGCCAGAAAGGAUCUACCAGCAGUCAUCCUGGCUCUGCCAAUGGCAGUAUGGGCAAAGCAGAUGGAGCUGCCAAAAUGAGUGCAAAAGAUUUAUAUGAGCAAAGGAAGAAAUACUCCAACUCCAAUAUCAUUAUGCAUGAGACAUCACAGUACCAUGUACAGCACUUAGCAACCUUCAUCAUGGACAAAAGCGAGGCCAUUGUAACAGUGGAUGAUGCCAUUAGGAAACUCAAGCAGCUCAACUCCAAAGAGAAGAUCUGGGCACAAGAGAUGCUGUUGCAAGUGAAUGACAAGUCCAUUCGACUGCUGGACUGCGAAACCCAGGAAGAGUUAGAGGACUUCCUUCUGCCAACAGUCCAGCUCUGCCAAACUGUGCUGAAUCAAAUGCGUUACCCCUCCAUACUCCUGCUGGUGUGUCAAGACUCCGAGCAGCACAAGCCUGACAUCCACUUCUUCAACUGUGAUGAAGUAGAGGCAGAGAUGAUUCACGAGGACAUCGAAAGUGCACUUGCUGACCAUAAGUUUGGAAAGAAGAUACGGCCACAGACGCUCAAGGUAAACCAAGAGAAGAUAAAACAGAGACAAUCUAUCCUCCCGCCACCUCAAGGGCCAGCUCCUAUUCCUUUCCAGUACGAAACGAAAGGUUCAUCAAAGAACAGCGUGAACCGAGUGGCUCCUCCCCCACAGCAUAAUCAUACAGAAUAUGAACGGCGAAGUUCUGGCUCUCAGGACCAUGAAGAGUCACGUGCAAUAUUAGCACAGAAGAUUGAAAAAGAAACGCAAACCCUGAACUGCACCCUAGAUGACAUCGAGCUGUUUGUUGCCAAACUUCAGAAAGCAUCAGAGGCAUACAAACAGCUGAACCAAAGGAAGAAAGGAAAGAAGAACAAGAAGAAAGGUCCAGCAGAGGGAGUUCUGACUUUGAGGGCAAAACCCCCAAGUGAAGCUGAAUAUAUAGACUGCUUCCAGAAAACCAAGCUAGCACUAAACCUCAUGGAAACGGCAGACCUGGGCAGUGCCACUAGGCACCACAGAGGAAAAGCAAAAGGCCAGCCUGCUGAGUGGCCAAGAGAAGCCAAUGUUCCAAGUUACAUUCCAAAGUUCCGCAAUGGAUGGGAGCCACCCCUAGAAAUUUUCCGUGGAGCCCCUUGGGAGGUAGACUUUGGCCACUUGCAGGAAGAGCUGUCAUCAUCCAAUGAGUAUUCCAGUCGUAACCUAAAGCCUGUUCAGACAGCUGACCAGAUGCAAGCUGUGGAUGCCUUUACUCAACAUGUUACUCAGCAUGUAAAUAGGAAUUUUGAGGCACAGGGUAUUUCCCCACCAAAAAGAUAUGCCAAAAUCCGAUAUGAUUUCACUGCUCGGAAUGCCAGCGAACUUUCAGUGAUGAAGGAUGAAAUUCUGGAGGUUUUGGAAGACAACAAGCAAUGGUGGAAGCUGAGAAACCGGAGUGGACAGGCUGGUUAUGUCCCAUAUAACAUCUUGGAUGUGGUAAAACUGGAAGACUGUGGAUCAGUUGAACAGUUUGAACUGAUCCAUCACAUGGAUGAGGUCAAUGAUGAGCUGCUUAAAAAGAUUACCAAUAUUAAAGUGCAGCCGCCUCAAAGAAACUUUAAAGUUGAGAAGGCGCAGCAAGUUCAUGUGCCCCUGACCUUCGAGUCCAGUGCUGAAGAAGUCAGAGCUUGGCUUGAAGCAAAUUCUUUUAGCAAAGGAACUGUGGAUCAUCUUGGAAUACUGACCGGGGCUCAACUUUUCUCUCUGAACAAAGAGGAGUUGAAAAAAGUAUGCGGAGAAGAAGGGGCUAGGGUGUACAGUAAAAUCACAGUUCAAAAAUCUCUCCUAGAGAAAAGCAGAGGGGAGUCAGAACUUCAAGAAAUCAUGAAGCGGCGCCAGGAGAGGAUUGAUUCUGCUAUUUAAGUUCUAUCUGCUUAUUUCAUCUCUUAAUCAUGUACACUUACUUGCAGAAAAAGGGAAAAAGAGUACAAAAUAUCCCAUUAAGCUGAAAGAGACUGCAGGGACCAGCACCUGAGCAAUGUAAAUUGCCAUUCAGACUGACUGUUUCUUGAGCGUUUUUGGUAACGGGGAGGCCACGCUCCCUUGACAACACGACACUGCAUUGGGAGAGAGGUUGUAGUAUUGCAUGAAGUAUUAUUUUUAUAUUUCUAUAUUUUAUACAGAAAAUGUUAUGUGUGUGACAUUCAGAACAUGCGGAAGAUCCAAAAACAUGUUCUAAGCAGAGGCCGGACUGAAGCAAAAGCAGGCCCAUAAAAUCAUGUGUACAGACUGCUUCCCAUAUGGCCCGUCACACUACAGUAAAGUAUCACAGAAUGAACUUGAAAUAAUUGUAAAAGCUCCGCAGAACGUUCCAGGUCCCUGUGUUUAUGUUAAGAUGAUCCCACCUCUUGUGGUAUACUUUGGUACACAACAUGCCCACUUCAGGGUUCACUUUGGCAACAUAUAAGAAGAGUAAAUAUGGGAUGAGGUAAUGAUCAACGGGCGAGCAAAUUGGUUGGAAUCUGGUUAUCCUGCCCCAACCCUGUGUGUUGCUUUUAAAUGUCAUCAAAAGUCCACAGGGAAGCCAUGCACUGAGGAUAAUGAGAGUUCAUCCAGGUCCAUUCUUGACGAAACCGCUGCCAGCACUGUCACCAGGGGAAAAAAGAUAAAAUGAACUGAAUGUGAUAACAGCCAGGGGUCAUUUCCUGCAGGAGCGCAUGGGAGCAGAGCUCUGGCAGUAAAGAGCC